GCCGCCGCCAUGCCUGCCGCCAAGGGAUCCCGCUCCUCCUCCAAGAAGGCCAAGAAGACAGGCAGCAAUGUCUUCGACAUGUUCACGCAGAAGCAGGUGGCGGAGUUCAAGGAGGGCUUCCAGAUAAUGGACCGCGACCGCGACGGCGUCAUCGACAAGGCCGACCUCCGCGGCACCUUCGACGAGAUCGGCCGCAUGGUGUCCGACGGCGAGCUGGACUCCAUGCUGGCCGACGCCCCCGGCCCCAUCAACUUCACCACCCUCCUGCACAUGUUCGCCCAGAGGUCCUCCGGGGAAGCCGACGACGACGAUGUAGUCGCCGCCGCCAUCCGUGCCUUCGAGAAGAAACCCGGCCAGAUCGACUCCGAUCGGUUCCGCACGAUGCUCAUGGCCUUUGGAGAUAAAUUCAGCAGCCAGGAAGUCGACGACGCCUUCGGCAAGAUGGACGUGGACGAAGACACCGGCAUGAUCGAAUCCGACAUCCUUCUGGCCAUGCUGUGCGCCGGGGCAGUGAAGGAGGGCGAGGAGUCGACCGCUUAAACCCUCCUGUGAUCGUGAUUUCCAUCCGUGACGCUGACUCUUUGACAAGGACCUGGGACCUCGACAUGUUAUACGACGGAGUGUGAUGUUUCCUGUACUGACAGACGUCGCCGUGAAUCCAACGAACUAUUAUGGGACUUCGAACAUUACUUGACAGUGCUGAGUGUUAAAGCAAAACCCGGCAGAAAACGGAGCGGUAUGUUAGAGAAAGUCCGAGUGAACGAUAACCAUCCAAGAGAAGUGGGAUGCCCUCUGUUGAUGACCAACUGAUAGCUUUGGUUAUAAGUUAUUCUAGUUACACAUUGAUGGAAACGAAUAACAAUGAAUUUUGAUAUCGGUGAAUUGUUAUUGUUGAAAUAAAAAUUGAAGGAAUAACCGUUC